GUUUAGCUAACAUGUCAUGAAUAUUUUCUCCAUUUGUUAGCUUAGAAUACUUGUUUACCAAAGUGUCAUGGAGAAAGCCUGUAUUCAUCUUGCUGUUAUACUUCUGCUUCUUCAGCAAAUGAGUACUUGUUUGUCAAUCGUUAAUAUCACGAUUGAUCAAACAGCACUUCUUGCCUUGCAAUCUCAAAUAUCUUUAUACAAUCCUCAUAGUGUUUUAGCAAGAAACUGGUCUACUUCCACCCCAGUCUGUAGUUGGAUUGGAGUUACAUGUAGCCUUCGCCACCAAAGAAUCACUGCCUUAAAUCUUUCUAGUAUGAACCUUAAAGGCAUGGUUCCACCACAGCUUGGAAAUCUCUCGUUUCUCAUUUCUCUCGAUAUCAGAAACAAUAACUUCCAUGGGAGUUUGCCUGAGGAGUUAGCUCAUUUUAGGAGAUUGAAAAUGAUCAAUGCAAUGAACAACAACUUUACUGGUGCAAUCCCCUCAUUUUUCAGGCUGUUACCAAAUCCUCAUUCCUUGUACCUUUCGUUUAACCAAUUUUCUGGUAAUAUCCCUCCGUCUCUUUUUAACAUAACAAAGCUCGUACUUAAGACUUCGAGGGAAUUUUCUUGGUGGAGAAAUUCCUCAAGAAAUCAGUAGCCUUUGUUGCCUGAAUUUAAUAGACCUGCAAGAUAAUAAGCUUACAGGCUCUAUACCACCAACUAUAUUUAACCAGUCAUCGCUUAAACAGAUUGGCCUGACAAAAAACAUUCUUUAUGGGAAAUUACCGAGAAAUAUAUGUGACAAUCUUCCAAAUUUAGAGGAACUUGGUCUUUCAAGUAAUCGGUUUGAUGGCUUGAUUCCUCCAAAUCUGCAGAACUGCUCUAAACUUCAAAUACUAUCAUUGUCUGUAAAUGAUUUCUCUGGAACCAUACCAGCAGAGAUCGGGAACUUAACUAUGCUGACAAAUCUGCAACUUGGGCUUACCUACUUGAAAGGUGAAAUACCAAGGGAGCUUGGAUAUCUUCAAAGACUCCAACUAUUUGGAUUGUAUCAAAACAGGUUGAGUGGUUCAAUUCCAGCAAGCCUUUUCAAUAUUUCAACCCUCCAAAUCUUGACAAUUGUGGAUUGUCAGCUAUCGGGGAGUCUACCGUCAAAUGUAGGGCAAGGGACACCAAAUCUCAAGGAAAUUUAUUUGGGAAUAAAUAAUCUCACUGGAGUCUUCCCUGCUUUUAUUUCCAAUGCUUCAAGACUCACUGUUCUAGACCUUUCUAACAACAUCCUCUCAGGUUCCAUUCCUGAUUCCCUUGGUAAUUUGGGAUUCCUUGAAGUUCUACAGAUAGGCCUUAGCAAGUUGAUCUAUCAGAAUCCCUCUUCACAAUUAACUUUCCUGACUUCACUGACAUGAUGUCAAAAUCUAAGAGAACUGGUCAUUGCACCAAAUCCCUUAAACGGCAUUCUUCCAGUUUCUAUUGGUAAUUUCUCGAGCUCUCUCCAAAUAUUUUCUGCACCAAGGUGCAAACUCAGAGGCAUUAUCCCAGAAGAAAUUGGAAACCUAACAAAUGUGUUAUCGAUAUCACUAUUUGCCAAUGACUUGACAGGAUUCAUCCCAAAAACUGUUAAAGGUUUGCAGAAGCUUCAAAGGAUUCUUAUACAAAGUAACAUGAUAAGCGGGACCAUACCGGAUGAAAUUUGUCAUUUACAAAAUAUAGGAGACAUGAGUUUAAGGGAAAACAAAAUUUCAGGUCCGUUGCCAUCGUGUUUGGGGAAUCUUACUAGUUUGAGGAAUCUUUAUAUAUCUUCCAACAGAUUGAACUCGAGUUUACCUGAGAGCCUGUGGAGCCUUCAAGAUCUAUUGGUACUUCUUGCUACAUCAAAUUCAUUUUCUGGUGUUCUAUCCCCUCAAAUUGGAAAUCUGAAGGCUAUCAGUUACAUUGAUUUGUCAUACAAUAACUUUUCAGGCAUGAUUCCUAGCAGUAUGGGAAGUCUACAGAAAUUGAUCGAACUUCCUCUAUCACACAACAGACUAGAUGGCCCCAUUCCAGAGUCUUUUGGGAAGUUGUUGAGCUUGGAAUUCUUGGAUCUGAGUUAUAACAACCUGUCUGGAGAAAUACCAAAGUCCUUAGAAGCUCUUAUGUACCUCAGAUACCUUAAUGUUUCCUUCAAUGAACUCAGCGGAGAAAUUCCAACUGGUGGACCUUUUGCAAACUUCACCAAUCAGUCAUUUCUGUCUAAUAAUGCAUUAUGUGGUAUAUCAAGGUUCCAAGUGCCUCCUUGCCAAGGCAAAUCUCAUGGGAGGACGAGGAGAAAAAGAGUGCUUUACUUGUUUCUGUAUAGUCUUUUGGGAAUAACAUUAGUAAUUGUUGCAUCAGCUGUUGGAUUUCUGAUUUUAAGAAGAAGAAAAAGAAAUGAACCAUUGGGAUCAACUGAAGUAUCAUCCAUGAGGGUCCAUGAAAGAGUCUCCUAUUAUGAACUUCAACAAGCAACAAAUGGGUUCAGUGAGGACAAUUUGCUUGGUACUGGGAGUUUUAGCAAGGUGUACAAAGGGGUAAAGGAUGGGACGAUAUUCGCAGUAAAGGUAUUCAAACUGGAACUUGAAGGUGCAUUCAAGAGUUUUGAUGCAGAAUGUGAGAUCUUACGCAACCUUCGCCAUCGGAACCUGACAAAAGUCAUAACUUCUUGUUCCACCCCUAACUUCAAGGCCUUAAUAUUGGAGUACAUGCCAAAUGGAACCCUUGACAAAUGGUUACACUAUCAUGACUUAUUCUUAGACAUGUUGCAUAGGUUGGACAUAAUGAUUGAUGUAGCAUCUGCUUUAGACUAUCUCCAUAACGGCUAUUCAGAGCCAGUGGUGCAUUGUGAUUUGAAGCCUAGCAACAUUUUGCUAGAUGAAAACAUGGUUGGCCAUUUAAGUGAUUUUGGGAUUGCAAAACUGUUAGGUGCAGAAGAUAGUUUUAGACAAACUAAGACUAUUGGAACCAUUGGAUACAUCGCGCCAGAGUAUGGACAAGAUGGACUUGUAUCAACAAGUUGCGACGUGUACAGCUUUGGCAUUGUGAUGAUGGAAGCAUUCACAAGGAGGAGACCUAGUGAUGAAAUGUUUACUGGGGAUUUGAGCCUAAAACAUUGGGUAAACGACUCACUUCCUACCGGAGUUGCACAAAUUGUUGAUGCAGAUUUGAUAAGGCUAAAGGAAGAACCUCUAAAUGCAAAGAUGCAAUGCUUUAUUUCUGUCAUGGAACUGGCUUUAAGCUGCACUUCAGCGUCACGAGACGCUAGAGUCAACGUGAAAGAAGCUCUUUUGGGACUCAAGAAGAUACGACUUCAAUUGGUCACAAGCUAAACAUUGAAGUGUGGAUUUUAAGCCAGAAAGUUCACUCUUUGUUAUGUCAAAUAGGCCUGUUUUGUUUAUUUGUUAACUAGUCACUUUAUAUUUCCAUCAUAGGCAAAUUAUUUUCCUAAACUUGUUUUGCCUCUAUUGAACAAGUUCAUUAUCUCCAAAAGCAGGACUCGAGAUAGUUAUGAUGAAAGAAGCAUGCAGUAUACAGAUUGUAAAAUGGUAAUCUAACUCCAGUAAUUAGCAGAACAUUUGACAGGUGAUUACUCAUAAUUUUCAUUGAAAAAUAAAGCAGUUGUUUGUCAAAAGCACUGCAUCAUGUCAUCUUCAAGUUUUCAUUGCCAGCCUUGUGUAAUAUUGAUACUUUUCUUGUCACUGUUGAUAUACACUGCUGCCUUGAAUAUCU